AUGUCGUACCUUCUGCCUCACCUCCACUCCGGCUGGGCCGUCGAUCAAGCCAUCCUCGCGGAAGAAAAUCGGCUGGUGAUCAUCCGGUUCGGCCAUGACGGGGACCAAACUUGUAUGCAGAUGGAUGAAGUGUUGGCAUCAGUGGCCGAAACAAUUAAGAACUUUGCGGUGAUAUACUUGGUGGAUAUUUCCGAAGUUCCCGAUUUUGACGCAAUGUACGAGCUCUAUGAUCCAUCCACAGUGAUGUUUUUCUUCAGAAACAAGCAUAUGAUGAUUGAUCUGGCCACUGGAAAUAACAACAAGAUCAACUGGGCGAUGAAGGACACACAAGAGUUUGUUGACAUUGUGGAGACUGUUUAUCGCGGAGCCAGAAAAGGUCGUGGCCUAGUUAUUGCUCCUAAAGAUUACUCAACCAAGCAUCGGUAUUAA